AGAGGGAAAGAAAUCAGAAUUUCCCAAAGCCGAGAGCUCACUCCUCAUUCAAUCGUAAAAAAAUUUACAGAUCUUUCUUUCUCUCUUGGUUGAAUUCCUGUUACCAUCAGAUAUGGGGCUUACUCUCGCCUUGUAAUGAUGUUUUCCCUCUCUCUUUGAGGGGUAUUUUAUCUGAUGGAUCUAUCUAUCAUAUAAGGAAAGAAGGGUGUGUGUGUGUGGUGAACAAAAUGAAUGGUUGAGCUGCCUUUGUGCCUUGGAUCGUCCUUCAUUCCUGUUGCUGCUGCCUGAACUUGAAGUUACCACAAACUAUAUCUGUGCAGAUAGAGAGAUAGAUGACUAUGUGACGGAUGAUGUUGAUAACAACCGCUCCCGUUCUCACCACUUGUCCUCAGCUUCUUCUCCGCCGUAAAUCAUCGAUCGGCAACGUUCCUCGGAAGAACGUUGCCCGUUUCAGAACCGUCUCCUCCUCUUCUUUGUUGCCGCAACCGUCGUCGGAUAGGGCAUCACCGAAGUUGAAGACUCUCUGGAAGAAGUUCUACAAAGUCGCGUCGCCUUAUUGGUUUUCCGAGGACAAAGACCAAGCCAGGCUUCGUCUCGCCGCCGUCUUCGCCCUAACCCUAGCCACCACAGGCAUUAGCGUCGGCUUCAAUUUCCUCGGCCGUGAUUUCUACAAUUCUCUCGCCAACAAAGACCAAGAGCAAUUCACCAAGCAGCUGUUCUAUUACCUCUGCGCCUUCGCCGGCGGAAUUCCGUUCUUUGUGCUGAGGGAUUUUACAAAAGAGACGUUAUCACUGCGAUGGAGAUCAUGGAUGACCAAAUAUUACCUGCAGCGCUAUCUUAAAGACCAAACCUUCUACAAGAUCCAGUCUCAGUCUAUCAUUGACAAUCCAGAUCAGCGCCUUGUUGACGAUUUGAGUUCUUUUACUGGAACUGCCUUGUCUUUCUCUCUCACGCUCGUCAAUGCCACCAUAGACCUCAUCUCUUUUAGCAACAUCCUCUUCACCAUUUAUCCUCCUCUCUUCCUCGUUCUCCUGCUCUACUCCUUUGGAGGAACAGCCAUCAGCGUCUUUCUGGGCAAGGGACUUGUGAAUCUCAACUUUCUACAGGAGAAGAAAGAGGCUGACUUUCGUUACAGCCUUGUACGAGUGAGGGAAAAUGCUGAAUCUAUUGCUUUCUACGGAGGCGAACAGAAUGAAAUGCAGCUUCUGCUUCAGCGUUUCACUAGCGCUUUUGAUAAUUUAACCGAAUUGCUGAUAGCAUCUAGAAACCUAGAAUUCUUCACUGAUGGAUACCGCUACCUCAUUCAGAUUCUUCCAGUUGCUGUUGUUGCCCCUAUGUAUUUCUCCGGGAAGAUCGAGUUUGGUGUCAUUAACCAGUCAGUCUCAGCAUUCAAUCAUAUCCUAGGAGACUUCUCCCUCGUUGUUUAUCAGUUUCAAGCUAUCAGCUCUUUUUCAGCUGUCAUUGACCGACUAGGUAUUAGAUUAAUCAUGUAUUCUGUAUAUAUACUACUUGUUGCAUGCAGAUCGCGCUUGCAUACUACACGAGACCUUAGAUCUGUAUAGGUAGAACAUUACUGC